CUUGAUUGAAUAAUAAGUCGAGACUGUUAAGUGUUAGGUACUAAUGCACGUACAAAAAUUACGAAAAUUCAACAUUAUAAAACCUUAAAUUCUAUUCUUUCAAUACACUCUUUGACUUUUCAUGUGGAGUUAAUAGCAUAAAUUGUCACUCUAUUAUCCAUUUUUCUCAAAUCUAUCCCUUUUAUUUUUCACUUCAAACAUGCCCUUGUAAUAUAUAAUAUAUACGUAUUAUUAAAUUAAAUUUAAUCCCUUUUAUGACUUAUCUUCUCCAUCUACAACUCCCAAUAAUUAAUAGCCACAAUCUCAUCCUCCAUCUGUCCCACUUUCUCUUUCUUUGACCUAACAAUAAUUAAACGCAAAAAUUUAUCUGUCACAAAAGAACCUUGAAGACCGACAUUUGAAUUUCAACCACUCUCUGAAAAGUCCACAAUUAUUGAUCGAUUUGACUCAAUCAUAAAAAUUGGAACCCAAAUUUUUUAGAAUAUAUGGAUUUCAAGUAUCAAAGGUUGUCAACAUGGUUUAGCCUGUUGGCCCAGUCCAUUAAGUGGGUUGAGGGUUAAUGGUCUAAUUGUUUUAGUCCACUUUUUCCCCGAUAUAUGAAAAAAUUAUUAUAUCGUUCAUAUAUUUAUAAAUCAUAUAAAAUCCCAUCUACAUAUGAAUAAUAUUCUUCCUCGACCAGACUAUCUACAUUUGUUUCUCUAUCUACUAUUUUCUGCUAUCCUCCUUUGAGCUCCUAAAAUGCACUCCAACAACAUCUAUUCGUCAAGCGAUGAAGGUUGCACUCCUAUGGUGGCAAUGUGUGUCAGAAGUGGAAUUAAUGAGUAACGACCAAGUGGUAAUUGCGCAUGAGGGUGUUUGCGAGGGAAGACAAUAUGUGAUGGAAGGCGAGUUCUUCCAGUAGUCUCUUUGUUAACAGAAUUGACUUGACGGAUUUAUCUUACCAAUCUGCGGAGCGGUAGCUAGAGCAGGAGCUAGAAUGGGAGCGUAAGAGUGUAUACUUUUCAAGAAUUAUAACUUGAGUGCGCUGAAAGAGCGUGAAUAUUAUAUUAUUUUAAUUAAUAUAUCAUUUAACUUACUAACAUGUUUUGGUCAAAAUAUUACAUCAAUGUAGUGGGAAAAAAAAUCAUUUUAGUAGAAUAAUAGCUUUAAAUAAUCUGAUUAGACCCAAAAAAGAUCAAACUUCAAAAGGUGAAUAGAAACCCAAAAAAGUUUAUGAUACUAUUUUGUUUUAUUUUUUAAAAACAGAAAAAGAGAAAUGAAUGAAUCGUUUAUCCACCCUCAUGCGCUCAAUUAGUUGUUAAUAAAAUAGUCUAUAUCUUUUUCCCCCCUUCGAUUCUUUUUUCCUAAGCCGACACUGGAGAUCUCCUGUAGAUGUACCAAAUUGGCAAAUUCUAUAUAAUCGACUAUCUAACUAACCUCCUAUCAUUUUAUUUAGCCCCAAGCCCGUGAUUUGAUGAUCUAUUUCACAGUACUCAUUCACGAACUCGUAAUGUAUCCUUUUCGUCUUUGCUAUCCAGAUCUCUGAUAGUACCGCAUGUAUUUCUUUCUCCCCACGAAGAAGCAAGUCAUUGUCUUCGAGCCAAAGCUGUUGAUUUGGCUAUAACUUGUUUCAUUUUCUUUGUUUAUAAAGAGAAAAAUCUCUCAAAUAAGUUAUAUAUGAAAUAAAAUUUGCGAACAUUGAUUUUCGAUGCUCUGAUUUUUAGUUUGAGCAACAAUUUCUGGAUUUUGGAAGUUGGUCUUUUUUUCAACCUUCGCGGCAACUGCGAAAGUAAAGGAAGCAGCUAAAACUAUCAUACUACCUCAGAAUGCAGCACUAUGAGGACCUUUGGGCGUUUGUAGUUUCUGUAAAAUAAUUAUGAAGCAAAAAUAUAAUUCCGACUUUCGUUUUCGUUGUAUGAAAUUUGAAAUGAGACAACAGUUUUCUCAUUUUAGGAUUAUAUAUUGUGUGGAGUGUAUAUAAAGACAUGUCUUUUUCCUACAAAUUCAUGAGCACAUUGAAAAAAGAUGAAAUGAACCAACUUAUUAAACUCCUAAUAAUUGUUGGAUCCAAUCAUGUCAGAAUAGGAAAAGGUUUAAAAUUUGACGGUUAGCCGAACUAAAAUGUUCAACGAACCAGUCCCAUAUAGUUUACACAAAGAUAUGAAUACGAUUGUGUAGUAGUAGGUCUAAAAAUUAUCCAUAAAAAAAUAGUAGUCUAAAAAUUAAUACUAAUUUAAGAAUUAUACAUCACUUUUACAUAUUCAACACUGCAAUAUGAUAUGGAAUAUUCGAACCAAUGAUAUUUGGGCCGUGAUUUUAUAGUUAACCUCUAUUUAUAAGAUAUAUAGGAAUUUAAUUAAGUAUUAAAUAAUAAUUAAAAUAAGGAAUUUGGCCUUUGUUAGUCACCUAAAGUUUCAACUCAAAGGCAUGUUUCUUAAUAAUUUUUGCUUCGUAUUUGCAUGAGAUGAGGUCGACUGGCUCUAUGACUGUGCAGCUGGAGAAAAAUGAAAUUUGCUAUUGCGGGAUUAUGAUAGCUUUUGAGAUGGUUGGGUCGUGUAUUGUAGGCUCAGAAAUCUAAAGUGAGAAGAAGAGACGAUGGGAUAGUCGAACAUGGUAUGUGAUGUUUCAUGUUGUAGGGUUCUAUGAUAAGUAAAAGGAUGAUAUGAUAGUGUAGCUACGUAUACGAAUUGUUGAAAACAACAUCAUUUUGAAGUGGUUGAUGCUCGAAUCAGUUGGUUAAAUCGGUUGGAUUUCCCACUACGAUAGACAAACUCAGCUUUGACCCAACCUAAGUAGACAACCAACUGGACCUUCGGCACCCGUUGAGAUACUCAGGUUUAGAUAGAAUUGGUUCGACCAACAGUGUCAUACUCGAAUUGAAAAUCAUGGUUAUGACUUUUGUCUGUGUUUGAAGACACAUUAGUUCAAAUCCCAAUACUUUGUCUAUUUUCUAUACAAAAUAAAGAUAAAUAACGAAGACAGAAAUGUCAUUCAUACUUUUGGUCCGUUGUAUGAAAUUUGAAACGAGACGACAAUUUUAUCGUGCCAAUAGCAUAUAUUGUGUACAGUGUAUAUGUAGACAUGUCCUUGCUCUACAAAUUCAUUUUAAUACAUAAAAAGAUGAAAAUAAACCAAUCUAUUAAACUCAAUGAUUGUUGGAUCCAUCAUGCUGUCGGAUUAGGAAGAUGUUUAAAACUUAACGGUUAACAAAGCUAAAAAUGUUCAAAGAACCUGUCCCCAUAUAGUUUGCAGAAAGAUAUGGAUAUGAUUGCCUCAUAGUAGUUCUAUAAACUAAUACUAAUGCGGGAGUUCAACAUCGCUUCUACACAUUGAUAUUGCAAUUCGAUAUGUAAUAUUGAACCAAUGAUAUUUGGUCUAUAAUUUUAAAGUUACCGUCUAUUUAUAAGAUAAAUAGAAAUUUAAAUUAAGUAUUAAAGUAUAAUUAAAAUAAUUAAAUAUGAAAAUCGAAGUAUCAAAACACAAGGAAAAUAGGAAGAAGAAGUAAUCUCUCGUGUUUAAAAAGAGUUAUGGCAGUCCUCUAUGUUUACUUGUGAAAACUGGAAGUUACAUCCGAAGAGACACAUCAUUUCACAAAAAAAGAGAAGUUACCUUUCUGAAAGAAUACCUCUUUUCAUAAUAUACAAACGCUAAUUAAUUAAUUAAUUAAACUGCCAAAAGAUCUAUUCUUAUGCUUUCCUUCUCACAUCAAUGUGGUAUCAGAACUCUAUUGACUAACUCUAACAAUCCCCCACUUAGUCAACAAGAGUUGAAAAUACCUGCCUCGAACAAGUAACGCAUACAUAAAAGUAUCUUCUCGAUUUUAACCUUUACCUAGUGUAAGCAACUCAAAGUUGAUAACGAAUCAGUGACGAGCUUAAGCCUAGGAGUCACGAUCCAAAGCUAUAACCAGAGAUGCCACACACAUACUUGUCGCUUCUCUAAACCAUAACCACCAACAAGGGUAGCACUAUUAUGGCCAUGUGUUGAUCCUGUUUUAUGAGCAUACACAAAAGUUGACAUUUACUGUUGUUAGAGCGGCACCACUCUUAAUGCUUACAGAGGUGACAUUCCAAAUGAACGUCAUUAAGAGCUCUAUAACUCAUCUCACGAGUUCUAUAACUCACCCUUCUUUGGACUAGUUUACUUGUACAAUAAAUCAGUACCUCAAUUAGAGUAACUUGUUAUUACCACAUUGAACCUUUUAAUUAGUGAAUAUCUAAAGAAAAGGUUGGGUUCCCAUUACUUCUAAAUAUACAAAAGGUCUCAAUCACAUCCCUGUGGAUGUCUCAUAGAUUAUGUCCUCUUGGCAAUCCCUUGGUAAGAGAAUCUGCCAAAAUAUUGCAUGAUCUUACAUACACAAUAGAAAUGAUUCCAUUAGUAAUCAAAUAUUAACGUAAUCAUGUCUUAGACUAAUAUGUCUAGACUUACCAUGAUAAAUCUUGUUAUAAGUUUUAGACAAUGUAGCCUCACUAUCACAAAAGAUUGAAAUGAAUGAUGGAAAAUUAAAUCCUAACAGGGAAUAGCAAAUAGGUGUAGACUUUCAAGAAAGUGUGCGGGGAGGGGAAGCUUCAGCUAGUACAACAAAAUCUCAAAUAUUUGCGGUGCUAUAUGGUGGAUGGUGGUGAGCUGUAUUUGGAAAGAAAGGUGCGCAUGUGUGUAUGGUGGAACUCUACACACAAUAGUAGUUUUAUAGAUUAUGUGAUUCGUGAUAGGUAAGGUUGCAAGUGAGUCAAACUGCUCACGAGCAAUUUGACGUUCGAUUUAGGAAAAACUCGUUUAUAACUCGCCUUGUUUGCUACCUCAUCUUUGUUCGGUUUAUGAGAUUUGUGAGUUAGCUCGACUUAGUGGUUCAUUGAGUUAAACUAGUAACCUGGGUCGUUUCGAGCUAUGGAGCUGCCUCGACAGUGUGAUUAGAUAGCUAGUUUGACUAGCGACUUAUAAGCGAAUCGAUAUUAUAUAUAGUAAUCUAUAAUGUGGCUUCUUAUAUAAUUCAUAUGUUUGUUAGAUUAUAUAUCUCAUAAUAUAUAAUUAUGAGUUGUAUAAUUCAAAGUAAUAUUGUUGAAUAUUUUUAUAUAUUUUAUUAUUAGGAUUGUUGAUACUUAAUAAAAAUGGAGAUUCUAAAUGACACGUUUGCUUUAAAAAAAGAAAAACAAACGAGAGAAGAAGAAAGGUGUGCAUAUUAUCUAGUUGGAAGCAUGGACUAAACACCAUCACGACUAUUUAUGAAUAUUCAUUCACAUAUUUUUUCCCGAAUAAAAGCAUAUGUCAACAACAUAAAAUUUUGAAAAAUAGAGUAACAGAAGGCAGAAAAUGAAAAUAAAACUACAAGAAUUCUUAGAAUUUGGCAGGAUAAAAGAAAAUAGUUGGGAUAGAGCAGAAAAAUAUAUUUCCACAAAUCUGGAUAUAGAAUCUUUCGGGGAAAAAGAUACAGAAUCUUUAUACUUCUAAGAUAAUCGUUUGAACCCAGAAUCUUUAAGUCCAUGCUACCAAAAUAAAAAAUAAAAAAAAAAUGAACUCGCACAAUACGAACACGGUUUGACUUGCCCAGCUAAAUAAGAUCGUCUCGUCUUGAGUUGAGUUCUAAUUGGUUCAGCCACAACCUCUUACCUUACUGGCUACGGCCACACACUAACACACACACGUAACGUAACUCCUUUUUUUCCCAGGAAAAAGAAAUAACAACCCGACUCCAGUUUCCAUUAUCAAAAAAGAGGGGAGAAAAUUAAAUCCAAUUAAUAGAUACCCUAUUUGACUCCAACUAAAUGACUUCACUAUUUUUUCAUUUUCGUAUAAAACCAAAGUCUCCCCCCGUCUCUCUGCCGCACACCAAAAUCAAAACGCUCUCUUGUUCAAAUUGGCACUCCGCCGCCGCCGCUGCUCCCUCUCAGGCUGCCGUGAUGGCCAGCACGGAAAUCCAGUCCGACCGCGAGAAGGCCCGAUUAGCGGCCGACGAAGAGGAAUCAUCCCCAAUUGAACAGGUCCGGCUCACCGUCAGCCCCACCGACGACCCGAGCCUCCCCGUAUGGACCUUCCGAAUGUGGUUCCUGGGCCUCUUAUCCUGCGCCCUCCUCUCCUUUCUCAACCAGUUCUUCGCCUACCGUACUGAGGCCCUCGUCAUCACUCAGAUCACCGUCCAGGUCGCCACGCUCCCCAUCGGCCGAUUCAUGGCGGCGGCCCUGCCCACGAAGCAGUUCCGGGUCGGGUCGAAGGCCUUCUCCCUCAACCCGGGCCCCUUCAACACAAAGGAGCACGUACUCAUCUCGAUCUUCGCCAAUGCCGGCAGCGCGUUCGGCGGCGGGUCCGCAUACGCCGUCGGGAUCGUCAAUAUCAUCCGGGCGUUCUACCACCGCAAGAUUUCCUUCCUCGCCAGCUGGCUACUCAUCAUCACCACCCAGGUGCUGGGAUACGGGUGGGCCGGUCUGCUUCGGAAGUACGUGGUUGAACCGGCCCACAUGUGGUGGCCCGCCACUCUGGUCCAGGUCUCCCUCUUCAGGGCCCUGCACGAGAAGAGCGGCGACGAUGAGAAAGGAAGGACGACGAGGGCAAAAUUCUUCGUCAUCGCACUGGCAUGCAGCUUCUUCUGGUACGUAGUCCCGGGCUACCUAUUCAGCACAAUCGCGACCAUAUCGUGGGUCUGCUGGGCUUUCCCCAAGUCCGUCAAAGUCCAGCAGAUCGGGUCCGGGAUGCACGGGCUUGGGCUGGGAGCAUUCUCCCUCGACUGGUCCACCAUCGCGGCCUUCUACGGAAGCCCACUCACCAGCCCAUUCUUCGCCAUUGUCAACAGCCUGGCCGGCUACUUACUCAUCAUCUACGUGGCCGUCCCCGUCGCCUACUGGGGGUUCAACCUCUUCGGCGCCAACAAGUUCCCCAUCUUCUCCUCCCACCUCUACACCUCCAGCGGCGAGAUCUACGACAUCACCGCCAUCGUCAACGACAAGUUCGAGCUCGACCCCGCGAAAUAUGCCGAGCAAGGGAGGGUCCACCUCAGCAUGUUCUUCGCCCUCAGCUAUGGGUUCGGGUUCGCCGCCAUUGCCGCCACCCUCACCCACACCGUCAUGUUCUACGGGAAGGAGAUGUACGCUCGAUUCCGCGCCUCGUACAACGAGAAGGAAGACGUUCACACGCGCUUGAUGAAGAAGAACUACGACGACAUCCCCGGGUGGUGGUUCCACUCCCUUCUCGCCGUCAGCAUCGCCGUUUCCCUCGUCCUCUGCACCGUCUUGCAGGAUCAGGUUCAAAUGCCGUGGUGGGGACUUAUCUUCGCCAGCGCGCUGGCCUUCGUGUUCACCCUCCCCGUCAGCAUCAUUACCGCGACAACUAACGUCACACCCGGAUUGAACAUUAUAACGGAGUACGCAAUGGGCGUUAUACUACCUGGGCGGCCCAUCGCGAACGUAUGCUUCAAAACAUACGGGUACAUGAGCAUGGGUCAAGCGGUGUCGUUUUUGAGCGACUUCAAGCUCGGCCACUACAUGAAGAUUCCGCCGCGAUCCAUGUUUUUGGUGCAGUUCAUCGGCACGGUUUUGGCGGGGACGAUCAACCUCGUGGUGGCGUGGUGGCUGCUGACGUCGGUGAAGAACAUUUGCCAGGACGAGCUGCUGCCCGCGGGCAGCCCGUGGACUUGCCCGCAGGACCGGGUGUUCUUCGACGCGUCGGUGAUAUGGGGCCUGGUGGGCCCAAAGAGGAUAUUCGGGUCCGAGGGCAACUACGGGUCCAUGAACUGGUUCUUCCUCGUGGGCGCGGUGGGCCCGGUGUUGGUGUGGCUGGCCCACAGGGCUUUCCCGGGCCAGGGGUGGAUCCGGCUGGUGAACCUGCCCGUGGUGUUCGGGGUGAGCGGGAUGAUCCCGCCGGCGACGGCCAUUAAUCUCAACAGCUGGAUCGUGGUGGGGACGGUGUUCAAUUUCUUCGUGUUCAGGUACAGGAAGAAGUGGUGGCAGAGGUACAAUUAUAUUUUGUCGGCGGCGCUGGACGCCGGGGUUGCGUUCAUGGCGGUGGUGCUCUACUUCUCGGUGGGGAUGGAGGAGAGGAGCUUGGACUGGUGGGGGAAUGCCGGUGAGCACUGUGAUCUGGCGGCUUGCCCGACGGCGAGAGGCGUGGUCACCGAUGGUUGUCCGGUGUUCUAGUUGUAAUUUUGUAACUUUGUCUCGUUGCAUCUUUCGCUUUUUUUUGGGUAGAAUUGCAUCUUUCGCUUUGGUUGUCUUUAGUUCAUCGGUCCGUACUGGUAUUCAAGAAUUCAAUUUUAUGGGUCUUUUUCUUUGAUAUUUCAUUUUUGUUUAUCUAUUAGUGUUUUGAUACAUACAUUACAGUACACAGAACUAUUGUAGGAGCACGUUUCUACGUGGAAAUGUUUUGCUGAUUUAAAAGUUUAAAAUCUUAAUCUUAUAAGAUUAAAAACGCGUUUUAACUAAAAUAAUUAUAGAUACGGUGAGUGGGGAGUCAUUAUUCCAAAAUUGGCAUCCCUUUGGUUGAUGAAGGGGGAGUCAUUUACUCCUCAAUUCUUUGGUCAACAUAAUACUUCUAAAUUUAUCUAUAUCUAUCUAUCUAUCUAUACUAUAUAUUAUGGCAAUUCAAAAAUAACUUCUUGCCACAUAUGCACUUGGAAAAUUCACAAGUUGUCAAGGUGGACAACUUUUUUUGCAAACAAAAAAUUCAUUAUUGAUCUAUUUAUGGAGCUAUCUCUAUCUUCUUUUAAUAUUUCUACUCAUUUUUACUAAAAAUUAAUAAUAAAUGACUUUUUAUGAAAAUGUAAACAAACACACAAAAGUAUAAUAUUUUUGUCAAUUAAAAAAAUAUAAAGAUGGAAAUAGAGAGUGACUAUAUCAAAUUUUUUAAAUAAAAAAUAUAUGAUUAAAUCUUAUCAAGUAAAUUUUCUUACUCAUUUUCACCAAAACUUAAUAAUAAGUUACAUUUUGAAAAAAACUUAAAAAAGUACACAUAUAUAAUAAUAUUUGUAUCAAUUAAACAAAAUAUUAAAUAGAAAUAUUGAAAACAAAUGAUUAAAAAAGUACACAUAUUUAAUAAUAUUUGUAUCAAUUUAAAAAAAUAUUACAAUAGAAACAUUGAAAACAAAUGAUUAAAAAAGUACACAUAUAUAAUAAUAUUUUUAUCAAUCGACUUUGAAAAUGAUAUAUAUGAAUUUAUAUUUUUUUUAUUAACAACUAUCUUAUUUCUAAUGUAUUUUUUUCAUCGAAUUAUUUCUAAUAUAUAUUUCUAUCAAAUAAAAAAAAUCUUAUAUAGCAAAAGGUCUGAAUAUAAACUUGACUAAGCAAUAAUAGUUCUUUCUUUAAAAAACUUCUUAUUCAUCAUGAUUAAGUGAAAACAUAUAUUCAUGUUCUACCUUCAGUUUCUCAAAUUAGAGUAAUCAGGUGUGCAAUAAUUUAUAAUUUGUCCUAGGGUAUAUAUUAAAAUAUUCACUCUAGAUCAUAUUAAUUGAACAAUCUCUUUUGAGGUCAUAGUCGAAUGCUAAGUAAUUUCUUUUCAGAUUUGGAGUUAUUGUCGAACAUUAUUACAUCAAAGUUUUCAAAAUAACUUAAGUAUGAUUUUUUACGAGUUUUGACUUCAUACCUAGGAUGAGAUACAACAUCACUUAAAAAACAACAGGUGUGAAGGUUAAAAAAAUCUUUGUUGAGUAUAUACGAUAAAUAUCACGUUUCAUCAACCACUAACCUUCGCAUUGAUCAAAUAAGGGUUGAAAAAAUUUAUUUAAUAGUUGAUGUCUUGGUAGACAAAUUUAAAUUCGAGGAUUGAGGCAAUAAAUAAACAUAAGUGUGUUAGUAAGGCAAUUGUAAUAAAACAUUGGGGUCGUUUGCUUCGUGGAUUUGAAAACUGAAAGUUUUAAUAAAACUUGGAUUUUCUAAAAGCAUGGAUAUAUGAGGGUUUUUGGUUCAUUAUGGAUUUGAAAAUACCAUAUUCCGUUUCAUAGAUUUCAUGAUGCAUUUGGUUAAUUGAAUUUGUAUGUUGGAAGUGAAAAUGACAUAUAUUACCCUCAUUGGUAUGAGAAGGGAAAUGAAUUAUGAGGGGUAGGUUGGUCAUAAAUAAUAGACUUCAAAGUGC